AUGGCUGCUGGUGUCGUGGUGAACGCCCAUAACGACGAUGAUGAUAUCCCGACGGAAGGUUCGCGCACAUACGCUAUCGUCGUGUGCGUGUUCGCUGCUCUCGGCGGUCUUUUCUUCGGCUACGAUCAAGGUGUGACCUCGGGCAUGCUCAUCAUGGACUCGUUCAUCAACGACUACUGCGUGGGCUGGCACAACUUUACCUACAAGCAAUGCACCGCUUCCGCAUCAGAAUUGCCACACGAGUGGACCGACUUCACCGUGUGGUACAAUAUGGCCUACAACCUUGGUUGUCUCGCGGGUGCCUUCAUCGGCGGUAUCGUGGCUGACAAGCUUGGCCGUCGCGCCACCAUCUUCUGUGCCGGUCUGCUGUUCUGCGUCGGCACAUCGUGGGUCUGCUUCAACGAGGCACAUGAACAUGGUCUCAUGUAUAUCGCUCGUGUGGUUCAAGGUUUCGGUGUGGGCAACUCGUCGUUCUCACUGCCUCUGUUUGGUGCCGAGAUGGCCCCCAAGGAGCUGCGUGGUCUACUCUCUGGCUUCAUGCAGAUGACCGUCGUGACGGGUCUCUUCCUGGCCAACGUCGUCAACAUCAUCGUCGAGAACCGUGACCGUGGUUGGCGUACCACCAACGGUGUGGCUAUGGCCGCUCCCAUCGUCGUCAUGCUCGGUAUCUUCUUCGUGCCGGAGAGUCCUCGCUGGACGUACCUACACAAGGGCAAGGACGAAGCCGAGAAGAUCCUCAAGCGUCUCCGUCAAACCGAGAACGUCGGUCACGAGCUGGCAGUUAUCGGCGAGCAAGUCGAGGAGGAAUUGGCAGCUCAGAAGGGAUUCUCGGAACUACUCGAGCCGUCUAUCUUCAAGCGUGUGGCUAUUGCGAUGGCGCUCCAGGUGCUGCAACAAGCCACGGGUAUUAACCCCAUUUUCAGUUAUGGCGCGUUAAUUUUUAAGGAUAUCACUAACGCCGGGAUCUAUUCGGCUUUCUUCCUAUCGGGUGUCAACUUCCUAAGUACUAUUCCAGCCAUGCGGUGGGUGGAUACUACUGGACGUCGCAAGCUGCUGCUCAUCGGUGCCGUCGGAAUGGUCACUGGUCACCUAUUUGCGGCUAUCCUGUUCACUGCCAUUUGCGACGGCAACGUCGACGAUGCCGGUUGUCCGAGCGUGGGUGGCUGGUUCAUCUGUGUUGGCUCAGCUUUCUUCGUCUUCAACUUCGCCAUCUCGUGGGGCCCCGUGUGCUGGAUCUACCCGGCCGAGAUCUUCCCGUUGAGCAUCCGCGCUACCGGCGUGACGCUGUCUACGGCGGCCAACUGGGCUAUGGGUGCCGUCAUGACGGAGGUGGUCAAGCUCUUCCCGCACUUGAACAUUAACGGCGUCUUCUUCUUGUUCGCGGGUCUGUGCUGCAUCUGUGGCGUGUUCGUGUACUUCUUCUGCCCGGAAACCAAGGGCAUCAUGCUGGAGGACAUCGAGGCGCUCUUCCAUGGCGGACCGCCCAAGUCACCUCACUUCGUCGAGGUCAAGUCCCCCAUCGAAAACGUGUAG